AUGAUUAAUGGCUCCGUGGCUUAUUUCCUCAAUCUUGAUAGACUUAACCUAAGUUAGAAAGAAUUAAUAAACUAGUUUGGAAUUGUUAACAAUUUUUUAUGCCCUGAAGCAAUCAAUGCAACUUUGGAGGGAGGUCUUUCAAGCUCUUUCUCGAGUUCUAUUUCAGUAAAUGUUCUCAAAUGUGAAAAUAAGACUAUGAACUCUUCUUUGAUAAGCGGAAUUCAAAUAACAGGAAAUAAUAGAGAGAAUAUAACUUGUGCACCCUAAGAAGAUAUUGAUAGAGUUUUCAAUAAUCUUGAGUUAUUUGUUGGUACAAUUUAUCAAUUUUUCGAUGACUAAGAGCAGGAAAAGCAUCCUAUUAAAAAUUCAUUGAAUAUGCAAUACUUUACCACAGCACCUUAAAUUUCUCAGAAUUAUUAUAAUAAGAUUAGCUUUAAUCUAGUCAAAACAAAAGAUUCUUCUUUUAUUAAUAUGGACCCACAAAUUUACACUUAUGUAGGUAUUCGAGCAGAUUCUACUUUUGCAAAAACACCAAAUGAGAUGUUCGCCCAUAUUAAUGUUAUGUAUUUUGCUGAUGAAAAAUAUAUGAUCACCGAGAGAGAAGUGUUGACAAUUUCUGCGGCUCUAUCAGCGACUGGAGGAUACAUUGAGACUAUAAGAUUGAUAUGUGUUGCAUUUAUCUAUAUAUUUAGAGCAGAAUCAUUCUAUAUCUCACUCAUGAAAAAGUUUUUAAUUACUGAAACAUAUCAAAAUGGUCCAGCUAAAGUAGUUAUAUAAAGCUUAGAUAACACCUUUAAAGAUGAUAUUGCUAGAAAUUAUAAUAAAAUUCAUAAAUCAAAAUUAAGCCAAGACAAUUGA